AUGUAGUGUGUAUAUAUUAUAUUUAUUGUGGUAUAGUUUGUACCAGUUUAUCAACGUUUUAUGUUCCAAGUGAAUUAAUUAAUUAUUGUUUAUCCCUUUUAUUUAACAAAUUUAUACAUAAAAGUGUUUUUUGCUAGUAUUAUGAACUAUGGAAUGUCCACAUUUAUUAGAUAACAUAGAUUCAAACAAUAUACAAAACAUUGUAGACAUUGUGACUUCAAAGGGAUUUGAAUGUUCAGAAUGCGGCGAAACCGAGCAGAAUUGGCUGUGUCUAAAGUGUGGUGUCGUGAGCUGUGGCAGAUAUGUAAAUGGCCAUGCCAAAUAUCACUCGGAAAGUUUUGACCAUCAAAUAUGUAUGAGCUGUGAUGUAUACUCAGUUUACUGCUACAAGUGUGAUGAAUAUGUUGCAAAUGAUAAUGAAGAGCAAAUUAUUAAUAAAAUUAGAGAAUGUAUUAUGCCUACUAACAAUAAAGAAAUUCCAAUAAGUGAAAAUGAAAAUAAUGAACACAUUACUAGAACUGAAUCUUCCCAAACAGAAACUUCGGAUUUAAAAACUAUUGGAGAUACAAGUGAUGACUCACACUCAGAUAUCUCAAAUGUUGUAAAUGCUUCUAUAGAUUCAGUGGAAACCUCUGAAAAUCAGGAUGACAGGUCAUCCAAGAAUCCCGAAGAAACCAUAAGAAGUCUACGUCCAAGGGCCAGAAAACGAUUACACUCAGAUGAUAACUCCAUAGACACCAUACAGACAAAUAGUAAAGAGAAAAGGUUAUCUUCUACAAAUGGUAAAAAUCAUAGAGAAAAGAGAAUAGUUGGCUUAAAGAAUUUGGGGAAUACUUGCUUUAUGAAUGCUGUCCUGCAGAGUUUAAAUAACAUACAAGAGUUUAGUUGUUACUUUAGUCAGUUACCAUCCUUGGAAGUUAAGACUAAUGGUAGGAAAAUUUACCAUUCGCGUAGUUAUACCCGUCAAGAAAUGCAUGAUGUUGUCAUGGCCGAAGAACUUAGAAAGGUGUUGAUUAACUUAAACAGUGGCGGGUGCACUUCCAAAGGAGCGAUUUCACCCGAGUGCCUAUUCUUAGUGAUAUGGAAAGUGGUGCCAAGGUUUCGUGGAUAUCAACAACAAGAUGCUCAUGAGUUCCUUAGAUAUAUGCUUGAUCGGCUUCAUACGGAAUUGCUACAACUACUUCCACCCGACAAGGCGGAAGGGGGCUUUGUACCACGUGUUCCUUCCACGUCCAUAGUUACAGCUGUCUUUGGAGGCACUCUGCAGAGUCAGGUGUGCUGCCUCGCCUGUGGGACGGAGAGUAAAAAGUUCGAUCCGUUCCUGGAUCUAUCUUUAGACCUACCCGAAUGUGGAAGACACGACGCCCCUGUAACCUUAACAGACUGCUUAGCGAGCUUUGUGAAGGUGGAAGAGUUAGCGGAUACAGAACGUUACUUCUGCAGCAGCUGUAAAUCCAAACAGAAGUCCACCAAACAGUUCUGGAUUCGGCGCCUUCCCAACGUACUAUGCUUGCAUCUCAAAAGAUUUCGAUGGCAUAAUUAUUUCAGGACGAAAGUGGACACGGCGAUAUCUUUUCCUCUUAAUUCCCUGGACAUGUCGCCUUUCGUGUUGGCGAAUGUUCCGGAUACACGUCGUUCGGGGCGCGGGAACUAUCUUUAUGACCUCGCCGCUGUCAUCGUACAUCACGGCUCGGGCGCCGGCUCUGGCCAUUACACGGCGUUUGCUAUCAACGAGGAGCAAUGGUUCCAUUUCAACGACCAAACGGUGAGGCCGACAGAUGCCAGCGUGGUAGCCUCUUGUAAGCCCUACAUUAUGUUUUACAUUCGCCGUGAAUUUUCCCUCCCUUCGGCCACUUGACCGAAUCAACGGAUAUUUGAAUUAUGAUACUUUUUGUUUCAGUCAAAUUCGUGCCUAUUUAUGCCCGAAUGUUUGAGUUAGAAUAUUUGUGUCUGAUUGUGAAUGUUCUUGAUGGAAUAAUUGUUCGGGUUGUUCCGUUGUAUUGUGAAUGGAAAAUAGUGCUUUUGUAUCAAGAAGUAUUAGAUAAAACGAAUUAGCUAUGUUUUUUUUUACGGAACUUUUAGGAUUUAAUUUGCUUGACCUGAUGAUUACAGGUAAAAAUAUAGAUUUAAAAAUGCAUUUUAUAUAAAUGUAUCAAAUUAAUAUUAAUAAGUUAACUAACAUAACUUUAUCGAAUCAAGUUUCGGGCGCGAUUUUCAGACGUUUUUUAGAUAAAUUUCUAAAUAUGACUUAUUUCCUUUCAAAUAAUUUUUAAUUACAUAUAUAUAUAUAUAUAUCACCCAACUAGCACAUAAAUACUUUUAAAAAUAAAAGUGAUUUAUCGUGCUUAUUGCAAAGUGCUAUUUUUAUUGAUACAAAAUACAAUAUUCUGUAGCCAAUUAAAUUUACUUGUUUAAAAAGUUUAAAUCAAUUGCCUCACCCACCGAUACAAAUAUUUCUUGCUUAAAGGAAAAAGAAAAUACGCGUUACGAUCUGGUAAUACUGUAAGCUAUAAUAGCUUCGUUUUAAUAGAAAAUUAAAGUAGGUGUAAGUUUAGGAAGAUCUCGUAUACAAGUCUCUAAGAAUUCCAGACUUCAACAACAGUUAAAAUCAAAUGAUUUUAAUGAAUGAAGAAACUAUUACGAAAUGGCCUGAAUAAGGAUAAAAAGUGAUGGGCGAUUAUUUUUGUGAUUUAAUUGUAACAUUUAGUCUUUAAUUUUCCAUCUAUUAGCAAUAAAAAUCAUUAGAAUGGAGAAAUAAUUAAGAAAGGGCCUGAAUAAGUAUAAAUGGGCGAUUUUAUGAUUUAAUUGUAGAAUUUAGUAUUUUACAAUUUAUAUACUGGAAACAUUGCAAAUUAACUUAAUUUUGAUACAAACCUGCAUUUAUUUAUGUCCAUUUGGGGCGUUAAACAUUCCCAUUUUCUUACACCGCGUUGCAUAGUGGGUCAUAGGCAGCGAAAUUGUUUUGACUUUACUUACUAACUAUACAAAUGCCAGUUAAUGAAUACAAUAUAUGUAUAAGUCAAUCUGUUGAUAUCGUCGCUUUGUCAACAAGAAAUUGAAUAAAUUUGAAAUUAUG